CCGAAUUCGCUCUUCCGCAUUGCGCGUCCCUUUCGUCGCCUCGCGCCAUUCCGAUCCGCACAUUUCUUUUGUAGAGUUUUAAACCAUGAGUUUUGUUUUCCGAGGAACUAGAGGUGAUAUAGAAUCUGGAUUUCCGGGUGUGAUCCCUGAACGGCGUGCAAUGCGAGUUCAUCCAGCACGGCCUGUUAAUACCAACUCUCUUGCUUUUCUUGUAACUGUUCUCUUGCUGUUUAUGAUUUUAAACUCACACCAAAUGUCACCUAAUUUUCUGCUAUGGUUGGUGCUUGGUGUCUUUGCGAUGGCAACAACACUUAGGAUGUAUGCCACAUGUCAACAACUUCAAGCUCAAGCACAUGCCCAUGCUGCCGCGGCCACUGGUCUUCUUGGUCAUACAGAGUUGCGGUUGCAUAUGCCACCAUCCAUUGCACUUUCAACCAGAGGACGACUACAAGGACUCAGGCUUCAACUUGCACUUCUGGACAGGGAGUUUGAUGACUUAGAUUAUGAAACCUUGAGGGCACUUGAUGCUGAUAAUGGUCCUGAAGUUCCUUCAAUGACUGAGGAAGAGAUAAAUGCUCUACCUGUUCAUAAAUACAAGAUAUCUGGGCCUCAAAGUGUUGGUUUAUCCACGCAGCAGGCGUCGUGUUCGUCCUCGGCUGAGGAUAAGAAGAAGCAAGAGACAGCAAAUUUUACAGGGCCGGCAAAGCCUUCCGGGGAGGAACUAACUUGCAGUGUUUGCUUGGAACAAGUCAAUGAGGGAGAACUCAUCCGCAGCUUGCCAUGCUUGCAUCAGUUCCAUGCAAAUUGCAUUGACCCUUGGCUGAGGCAGCAGGGGACAUGCCCUGUCUGCAAAUUUAAGGUUGGGUCAAGAUGGGAGAAUGAAGCUGGAGAAAUGGAUGCCUCUUACAUGGUUUAACAUUUGCAGGGUUCGGUCCUCUCUAUGUGAAGAUGAUGAUGAUGAGUCCGUGUGUAGAUAAGCUGAUACUAGAAGACAUCCUACUAAAGCAGGCAGGAAAUUGUGUUCUCUUUAUGACUUUCUUUGUUUUUUAGUCAUUAGAUUUUCUAAGGCUUUUGUGAAUCCUUAUGUAGUCUUGAUAAACAUGUCCUAUGACACAAUUUGUAUGUUCAGGUAUUUUUACCAAAUUCCAUCUGUCAUCUAUAAUCUAUGGAGUGUUAUCUACUACGAGUAUAUUAUUUGUACUCCCCAUUACUUUGUUUUUUUGUUUGGGAAAGAAAAUGUUUUACUUUUG